AUGAUCAAGGAGUACUAUCCCUUCUACAUUGCCUAUGACGACCUCAAGAAGUCUCUGAAGACGGAUCUCGUCGAACCCGCCUCCGAAAACACCAAUCCCGCCCGCAAAGAAUGGUCCGAGGACGAUGAGACGCACUUCGUAUCUUUGCUCGAGAGCGAGCUGGAGAAGGUCUUCCUGUUCCAGAAGCGCAAGAGCGAGGAGAUCGUCGAACGCAUCCAGGAUAGUGAACUUGAGGUCACCGAUGUCGUGUCCCGUCUGGACGGCUCCGUCGAAACCCGUCGCCAAAGCACACGGACUGCCCGCCCAACCCCUACGGAUGCCGACUUCCUGAUGCUUGAGCAGGUGCUCAGUGAUAUCAUCGCCGAUGUGCACGACUUGGCCAAGUUCACGCAAUUGAACUAUACGGGCUUCCAGAAGAUCAUCAAAAAGCAUGACAAAGAAACACAAUGGUAUCUCAAGCCCGUUUUUGCUGCUCGCCUCAAUGCCAAGCCCUUCUUCAAGGAUAACUACGACGCUUUCGUGGUUAAACUGUCGAAGCUGUAUGACCUCGUCCGAACUAAGGGUAACCCAGUGAAGGGAGAUGCAUCUGCCGGUGGCACCCAACAGAACUUUGUGCGUCAGACCACGAAGUACUGGGUGCAUCGGGAUAAUAUCACGGAAUUGAAGCUGGUCGUGCUCAAGCACUUGCCGGUUUUGGUCUUCAACGCCAACAAAGAAUUUGAGGAGAAGGACACGGCCAUUUCAUCGAUCUACUACGAUAACACUGAUACUUGGGAGCUAUACGAGGGUCGCUUGAAGAAGACAGAAGGCGCCGAGGCCAUUCGUCUGCGGUGGUACGGUGGCAUGGAGAGCGACCAGAUCUUCGUGGAGCGCAAGACUCACCGCGAAGACUGGACCGGAGAAAAGUCCGUCAAGGCCCGUUUCUCCCUCAAGGAGAAGAACGUCAAUGCCUUUUUGGAAGGCAAGAUGACCGUGGAGCAGGUCUUUGACAAGGCGCGCAAGGAAGGAAAGAAAAGCCAGGCAGAGCUCGAUGACUUGGAACAGUUGGCCCGAGAGGUCCAGUACCGUGUCAUCACUCGCCGGUUAGUCCCCGUCACUCGUACCUUCUACCACCGCACUGCAUUCCAGCUUCCGGGCGAUGCUCGUGUCCGUAUAUCUCUGGAUACUGAGCUGACCAUGGUCCGUGAGGACAACAUGGAUGGCCGCCGACGCGCAGGCAAGAACUGGCGUCGGAUGGACAUCGGAGAUAUCGACCGAUUCCCUUAUGCCGUGUUGGAAGUCAAGCUGCAGACCCAGGCAGGCCAGGAGCCUCCUCAGUGGAUCCGCGAUCUGACUGCCAGUCACUUGGUCGAGGCGGUUCCCAAGUUCAGUAAAUUUAUCCACGGAACAGCCACCAUGUUCCCAACCCGCAUCAACUUGCUUCCAUUCUGGUUCCCCCAGAUGGAUGUGGACAUCCGAAAGCCCGCCACCCAUCAAUACGGAAUUCACAGACCACUCGCAAGUACUUCGAUCUCGGCCAAUGAUGAAGACUCCGAUGACGACGAUACUCCGGGUACAGACGAGGCUCUCAACGGUCACUCCGCCGAGCACCAAAACGGUUUGUUCGAGACCAAUGGCAACGAACUAGAUAUCGAAGAGCGCAUCGCUGCCCAACCUCUCCCCGGCGACGAAGACUACCCCUUGUACGACUCGGACGACGAAUCAAUCUAUUCAGAUGAGCUUGAAGAAGCGCGUCGCAUCGGCGGAGCCUACUACGCCCAACAAUUGGCCAAGCAUUAUCUCUGUCGAACUGGUCACGCUGUCGCACAGGGUCUGAUGGCAAUAAUUCCCCGCCCCCGUCCAACAUCCCUGCCGCCCCCCGAACAGCGUGGCAUUGCAGUCCUGGGAACCCAGCGUCGCACCAUGCAGCGCUUCCAGGCUCCUCCCGGUAAACGCAUUUUCGUCCCCGUUCGCGUGGAACCAAAGGUCUACUUUGCCGCCGAGCGUACCUUCCUCUCCUGGCUGGAAUUCUCUAUCAUCCUCGGCGGCAUCGCCGCAACCCUCCUCAACUUCGGCGCCGAUUACACCACCCUCGUCUCCUCCUGGGCCUUCACCCUCCUCGCCGCUGGCGCCCUAGUCUACAGCCUCAUCCUGUAUAUCUGGCGUGUGGACAAGAUCCGCAAGCGUCGCGACGUCAAGCGCGUCUACUACGAGCGCUGGGGCCCUACUGUCAUCAGUAUCGGUCUGGUAGUCAUCAUUCUGAUUAACUUUAUUCUCCGCGUGCGCGCCGGCGGAUUCAUGUCUGAGCCUGGUAAAAGCUCACCUGACUUGCCUGGUCGUUCGUCUCCACAUGGCGAGUUGUAG